AUGGCUGCUUCAGCGAUGGCGACCCUAGCUGGAAUGGCUCCUCCUACACCAGCUGCACGUGCCGCUAUCACCGCCGCUGCAGCCACUGCCGCAGCCGCGGCUGAACCCAGACCUGACGCCGCCGCAACAUUGCCCUCCGCUGGCAAGUCGGCAGCUGAGGGGUUGGCGCGCCCUUUCGCAGAAGCCCCGAGCCGGGGCGAGUUGGCGGCGGGCGGCCGUCAGCAGGGCGCCGUACAUUAUGCUGUGGUGGGCGCUGGUCUGGCGGGAGUCGCAACGGCAUGGCAUCUGCUGCAGCGCUUCCCUCAAGGCCGACCCAUCGUACUGGACAUGUACGACACAGCGGGUAUCGCUGCUGGCGGCUCCGGAGCCGCCGCAGGGCUACUGCAUCCGUACAGUCCCCGUGCUGUGACAUUACACUCUGCUGAUUGUGUGAACUGCUUUGAACGUUGCCGUACGACUACCCUGCCGUACCAUUACGCGUUGUUUUUGUCAUCGUUGCCUUGCCCGGUUGAAAAGUUGCUGUGGCGGGGUGAGGAGGCGAUGGCGGCGGCGCUGGAGCUCGUAGCUGCGGCGGAAGCCGCCGCCAUGAGUGCUGACCCUGUACGGCACGUGGAAGAACAGGGCGUCCCACACGUUGCGGGCGUCACUAGCCGAGGAGCAGCAGCGGCAGCUGGGGCAGGUCGGCAGCGCCUCCAGCAGCGGCAGAUGCCGGAGCGCUUCGUGUGGCACUCGGGGCUGGUGCGGCCCGCAGCGAGUCCUAAGCAGGCAAUAGACUUCGCCAAAGCAGCUUCUCAAGCCGGUCAGGCUGCGGUGGGGCUGCCAGAAGGUAGUACUACAUCUGUACGGCACCUGUACGAGGGCAGCGCUGGCAGAACUGCCGACGGCCAGGGCAAUGGUAGUGGCGGCGAUGGUGGUAGCAGUUGCGGAGGGGAAGCCACUCUCCGGGUCCUGAGCGCGGAGGAGCUGCAGGUGGUGCAGGGCUUGGUGCUGGACGUGGGCUCCUACCUUCGAGCGCUGUGGAUGGCAUGUCAGGUGGCCGCGGCAGCACGUGGUGAUGGCAGUUGCGCCCGUUUUCGGCGCCAACGGGUGACCUCCCUGGAGCGAAUGAGUUGGCUGGGGGGUACGGAGGAGGAGGAGGAGGAGGAGGACGAGGAGGAAAAGAAAGACUCUGUGGAUAAAGGAGGUUGCGGAGUGUACGGGAAGUACGACGCGAUCGUGGUUGCGGCGGGCGCUGCAGCGGCGACCAUUGAUGAAGUCGAGCGGUCGCAGCUGCCGCUGCAGCUGUGCCAGCAGCAGCAGCAGCAAGAGUCCCCGAGUCUCCAGGCCCAGGCCCGUGCUGCGGCCGAGACCCAGUCACUUUCCCACGCCCUCGCGGUGUGCAGCUACCCCGCCGGCAGUCCCAGUCUGCUUGGCCAGCCGUACCUGGCGGCGCAAGGCCCCACACGCCUGGUAGUGGGCGCCACGAAGUCGUACGGCUGGACCCCCGAGGCGGCCCUCGCGGCUUGUGGGCUCACGGCUGGUGCUGGCUUUGGCCCACCAGCAGCGGCGAUGGAUGGUGUGGCGGCGGCAGCGGCGGCAGUGGACCGUGCGGUGGCGGAAGAGGAGGAGCCCAAGGUCGCCGUUGAGGCGGCGGCGGCGGUGGAGGCGCUGCGUCAGUCUGCGUGCGGUGUGUGGGCGCCUCUUUCGAACUGGCAGGUGGCUGCUGUGAGGGAGGGUGUGCGCGCUCUGCCCCCGAGGACAACCCAUGGGUCGCUGCCUCUGCUGGGCCGGCUGGCGGCCGAACGCCCGUGGUGGCUGGUGGCCGGGCUGGGCUCGCGCGGGCUGGUGUACCACGGCUGGCUGGCCAGGUUGACAGCGGAUGCCGUACUGUACGAUAAGGAGGACGGAAUUCCAGGGGAGCUGAUGGCGUGGCGACAUGUGGUGAGGGUGUGUGACAUAGGUCUGGGCGUUUGA